AUGGCAAUCAUCGUUCAUAUUUGUUUUGUGGUCGGACUUGGGCUCCGCUUUUGGCUGUUUAAGACCAGCUUUCCGGGUUGGUUGGCCUCAAGAGUGGAGAUAUCAACUCCUCUUACAUCAUGGAAACGGGUCAUGGAAGGAAUCUACCUGACAAGAGAACAUGUAUCUCCAUAUUCAGGUGACCUGUUCCAUGAGACUCCUCUUAUGUUGAAAUGGUUGGAUUUAGUAUUAAAAGUAUUUAAGCAGUAUGAUUAUUUAAUAUUUCUGGCUGCCGAUACUUUGAUAGGAAUUUUGCUUUUGAAGAUUGCUAACCUUUUUUCCAAAUAUAUGCUCCUGAAACAGGCAGCUGAUUCCCCUAAUUAUUCCCCAGAGGCCUCAUCUCUCUUAUUGCGGAAAGAGAGCUUGCGAAAACUUGAAAUAUUUGUUGUGGCUGCGCACAUGUUGAAUCCUUACAGUAUUGCUGUCUGCCUGGCUCGUUCUACUGGAAUUUUUCACAACCUUUUGGUGCUUCUUGCAUUCUUUUUCACUAUGAAAGCUCAAACAAUUCUUUCAACAUUGUGUCUUGCCUUUGCUACUUAUGAGUCAUUUUACCCUCUGGUGCUUUGUGUUCCUGCAGCUUUAUUUUUCCACCAGUAUUCUGUCUUGAACAAGAAGUCUGUGAAAGAAGAGAGUUCAUCACUUGUUUACUUUCUCACUACUUUGGGUUUGUUUUCCUUCUGGUUCCUUAUGCUUUUGGCAGUCUCUUAUCACUUGGAUGAAUCUGCACAGUUUGUCUCUUCUAUUUAUGGUUUUAUACUAACUGUUCCAGAUUUGAGUCCAAACAUAGGCAUUUUCUGGUACUUCUUCACAGAAAUGUUUGAACACUUCCGCAUUUUUUUCUUGUUUGUUUUUCAAAUUAAUGCUCUCAUCUACACUGUGCCUUUAGCUGUCCGACUCAGGGAGCAGCCAAUAUUUCUUAUGUACAUUCUCACAUUCCUCACAGGAGUUUUCAAAUCUUACCCCAGCUAUUCAGAUGUGUCUAUAAUUUUGGCUCUCUUGCCUUUAUGGAAACAUCUUUUUGCAUAUUUACGUAACAGUUUCAUUGUUACAUGUAUGUUUAUCUGCUGUACAGUAUUCUCACCCCUUUUAUGGCAUUUAUGGUUGUAUGCUGGCAGUGCCAAUGCUAAUUUCUACUUUGCUAUCACUUUAGUAUUUACAACAGCAGAGAUAUUUCUAGUUACAGACCUGCUGUAUGCUAACUUACGCUGGGAGUAUGACCUUACAUAUGGCCUGAACCGAAAACUUGAAGAUGGCAAAGAAGGACAAGUCGUUUUAGAAUAG